AAGUGAUGUUGGUCGAAGUCUCACCGAUUAAAUGACGGUGACAUUUCAAUCGACUUUGGAAUGUCAGUCAUGUGCAUGUACUGUAGUAUGUACUAUGUAGCAUCUGUGGUGGUGUGCAUCUGAUGUAAACAAGCCAUGACAGGAAUAAUGCAGGAAGCUGAGAUGUAGCAGUAGUUAUCUGCUCCGAACUGCUGACGAUUAUUGAACUUUGAUUUCAGUACGUAGACUGCCUUCGUUGACGAGUGGCAGCGGUUGUUUGUUGGCCGAGAACAGAGUACCGCAGAGGUGCAAAAUCAAAAUAAUGGGCAGUCGAUUGCAGGCAAUUUUAAUGAGGGAUAAGUAUAACACGAGCCUUUACUGUUAACAGGCCCGGCGCGUCAACAGGAGAAUGGCUGAUUUCUCUCCUACCAAUGGCAGUGGUAUUGAGUACGAUAAAAACUCACAAUCCAAACUAUUUGCUGAUGACUUUCAGUGCCGGUCUGCUAGGCGCUGCCGUAUGGAAACUUAUAAGAAUUUCUUUAUGUGAAAAUUAUACUUUGAAACAUUUCGAUGUUUAUGAUGUGAUACCAGGCGCUGUAAUCUUUCUGCUUCUAAAGUUGCAGAAAACAAGCAUACCACUAUGCUUUAUUGGUUCAGUGCUGGGUUCAUAUGCCUAUACAUUAGGCAUUCCCACUAUUUUAACACACUGCCCAAAAUAUUUCACAUAUGGAGAAGCAGGGGUUAUUGUGCAGUCUUUUUUGACAUUUUUAUUUUCUGCUGCAGUCAACAUACCUCGCUUCUGGAAUAUGACUUCACUUGAAGACAUUGAUAGAGCUACAGUGAUAUUACAGGUUGGCCUAGUGGGUGUGACAGUUAUUUGUCUAGGACUGUGGCUGGUUCCAGCUUUGAGAGCAACAGUUGGCUUCUACAGCAUUUGUGCAAGUGUACUCAUUGGACUUGUGAUCUUCCCAUUGCACAUUAUCAUGGGAGCCAGUCCAGUUAUGUGGAUUAUCCAGUUGCUGUUUGCAGAUGUGAAAACGAUACUGAUGGUAUGCUACUGGAUUGCAUGCUGUGCUGUAGCGGUGGCUGCAAUAGCAGUUCAAAUACAAGCUGGUAAACAUGCUUCGACAGCUACCAGGAAGUCCUUCCAUAUUUUGGUUGUUGCUGUAUAUGUACCAGGUCUUAUUGGAACAUACUGCCUCCUGUACUUGGCAAGUGGCAUUGUGUUGGCACUCUUCGUCAUGUUAGAGGCAAUGCGUCUUUUGCAUGUACCACCACUACAUGUUGGCCUGCAGCAAGGUUUUGAACUGUUUGCAGAUGAGAAAGAUGCUGGUGGUGGAGCACUGACACCUAUGUACCUGCUGACGGGUGUGUCACUUCCAUUGUGGCUACACCCUGCUGCUGUCAGUGACUAUUUGCCAUCAUCCUUUCUAGCAGGUCUUCUAGCUGUUGGAAUAGGAGAUACAGCUGCAUCUGCAUUUGGUUCCUGGAUAGGUCGUCACAGGUGGCCAAAUUCGGUGAAAACAAUCGAAGGAACAGUUGCUUGUAUAUUGAGCCAGAUUUUUUUGAGUGGGUGUUUGAUGGCAUUGGGUUACCUUGAUGCUAGUGUAGCAUCUGUUUCAAAGCUGGUAAUGUCAGUGGUAUUGACAUCCCUUCUUGAGGCAAAAACAGAUCAGGUGGACAAUUUAGUGCUUCCACUAUUUAUGUAUUGCAUUCUUGAACUGUAAUGGUGGUACGGAAUAGAAACUGCAAACCUUGUGACUGACUGUGCACAUUCCAAUAGAACACAUAAGAUCUGAAGUACUGAUAAUAGCUCCAUUCACUUAUGUAACAAAAAAAAAAAGAGAGAAACAGAGGAUAUCUGUAUGCCAAAGAAUAUAGGUCUACAAUCUCUUACACAUUAAUGUAACUGCAAUAGAGGAAAUUAAUUUCAGAGCUACGUAUACAAACCUGUAUUUUUAUAUUUAUAAUGAUAAUUUAUAGAUUUUUAAAGUGCCUUCAUGUUAUUACAUAAAAACAGUUUUUUUAGAAAAUGUAGAUUUGUUACA